GAAACAAUUGUUUCUAGUUGUAUUGGCAACGCUGCUAUGCCAGCUGAGUUAUUUUUUAACAUUUUUUAAAAAUAAUAGUUUAAUUUUUUAUUCAUAUAAUAUAGAGUUAUGUGGUCCUUUCAAAGUUUAAGAAAGUGUCUCUUUGGAAUUAACUGCAAACAUUGCUUACACAACGAUCAGGCUUUAAAAAAUUAGCAUCAUUUUCAUCUGCCUCUAAUGGUUUGUCGGCAUCACGUUCUAAUUAUACUCCAAAUGCGCUAAACCAUCAAGUAUUUGGACAACCUGUAUCAGCUACACAUCCGCAUUUGAUAAAUGAUGGAGAAUUGGUAGCGGGAGUGUGUCUAAAUGAAUUCCAACAACGAAGAACGCGAUUAAUGCUUGGUAUUCAAAAAUAUGCCAGAGAUCAUUUGCAAAAAAAUGAUUUAAAUAAACGUAAUCAUUUGGUAGUUAUUCCAUCAUCUACCAAAAAGUAUAUGAGUGAUAAAAUACCAUAUAUAUUUCGACAGAAUUCGGAUUUUUUUUAUUUAACCGGUUGCCAAGAACCUGAUACAAUUUUAGUUAUGUCUAUAGAUGAAAAUAGUAAAAUAAAAAGCUCCUUAUUUAUGAGAGCAAAAGAUAAACAUGCUGAAUUGUGGGAAGGUGCACGAACUGGCGUUGAUCUAGCAAUUGAUCUGUUUGGAGUAGAUCAAGCUUUCCCGGUAGAGACUUUUGAGAUCGAGUUAGGAAGAAGAAUUCAGUUUGAAAAGCCAUUAAUAUGGUUCGAUUCGAAAUGUUCAGAUUUAUCUAACGUCAAUGAAUCCAUAAUGAAAGUAAUACAUAGUAUAAACGACAGUAAACCAUUGCAGUCUCCAACAACGAUUAUUCAAGGAAUGAGAUUAUUUAAGUCUGUUGCUGAACAAAAUUUAAUGAGGAGAACAUGUCAAAUUGCAUCAACAGCUAUAAACGAGGUGAUGGCAGAAAGUAAACCUGGUCAUUCUGAGCAUCAUAUUUAUGCAAUGACCGAUUAUAAAUGUCGUAUGCGUAAUGCCAGUCACCUAGCUUACCCGCCUGUUGUAGCUAGUGGGAAAAAUGCGACUGUAAUACACUACAUAAAUAAUACACAACUAUGUAAAAGUGGCGAUUUAGUAUUGAUGGAUGCUGGCUGCGAAUAUGGAGGAUAUUCAAGUGAUAUCACGAGGACAUGGCCAAUAAAUGGGAAAUUCACAAAUGCACAGAAAACUUUAUAUGAUGUUGUAUUGCUGCUUCAAAAGGAAUUAAUUGAUAUUCUCUUACGAGAAGGAGGCGAAACUUUAGAUCAACUUUUUGAUACAAUGUGUUUAAAACUUGGAAAGUACUUACAAGAGAUUGGAUUGGUGCCUAAUGAUAUAAAUGAUAUUGUUGGUCUUACAAGGGCUGGUUACAAAUUUUGUCCGCAUCAUGUUUCUCAUUACUUAGGCAUGGAUGUUCAUGAUACACCGUUAAUACCGCGCUCAUUAAGAUUAAUGCCUGGAAUGGUUUGUACUGUGGAACCUGGUAUCUAUAUUUCUUCAGACCGUGAUGAUGUUCCUGUAGAAUUCCGUGGAAUUGGAAUUCGAAUUGAGGAUGAUAUAUUAAUAACAGAUGACAACAAAGUAGAAAUUUUAACGUCAACAUGCAUUAAAGAAAGGACAGAACUGGAAAACCUACAUAAAUUAAAGUCAUAAUCAUAUUUUCGCAAAUAAAGCUUAACUUUGUAAAUAAA